GAGCCCGGGCGCAGCUCGCUGCUCCCCACGCCACCGCCCGCGCCGCCCGCCGCCCGCACCACCCCGCCGCCCGCAAAGCAUGAGCGAGCCUGCUCUCCGCAGCUGCCCGGGGCGCGAAUGGCAGGCGGUCUCCGCGGAGUAAAAGGUGGCGCCGGUCAGUGGUGGUUUCCAAUGACGGACAUUAACCAGACUGUCAAAUCCUGGGGAGUCGCGAGCCCCGAGUUUGGAGUUUUUUCCCCCCACAACGUCACAGUUCGAACUGCAGAGGAAAAGAACGGCGGCAAGAAGGCGAAGCCCGGGCUCCGGCACGUAGUUGGGAAACUUGCAGGUCCUAGAAGUCGCCUCCCCGCCUCGCCGGCCGCCCUUGCAGCCCCGAGCCGAGCAGCAAAGUGAGACAUUGUGCGCCUGCCAGAUCCGCCGGCCGCGGACCCGGGCUGCCUCGGAAACACAGAGGGGUCUUCUCUCGCCCUGCAUAUAAUUAGCCUGCACACAAAGGGAGCAGCUGAAUGGAGGUUGUCACUCUCUGGAAAAGGGUAGGUAAGACACUUUUUAAUUAAAUUCUUUCCCGAAGAUUUUUUUUCCUCCCUUUUCUUUGCUGCAGCAUCUAACAUGGACCAAAUCACCAUCUCUUUGAUCUUUCCGUGGCUGUGAACUUUCUAUGCCGCCCAGCUUUCUGCAUGCUUAGAGAUUUCUGACCGAGCGCUUCCAAUGGACAUUCUCCAGUCUCUCUGGAAAGAUUCUCGCUAAUGGAUUUCCUGCUGCUCGGUCUCUGUCUAUACUGGCUGCUGAGGAGGCCCUCGGGGGUGGUCUUGUGUCUGCUGGGGGCCUGCUUUCAGAUGCUGCCCGCCGCCCCCAGCGGGUGCCCGCAGCUGUGCCGGUGUGAGGGGCGGCUGCUGUACUGCGAGGCGCUCAACCUCACCGAGGCGCCCCACAACCUGUCCGGCCUGCUGGGCUUGUCCCUGCGCUACAACAGCCUCUCGGAGCUGCGCGCCGGCCAGUUCACGGGGUUAAUGCAGCUCACGUGGCUCUAUCUGGAUCACAAUCACAUCUGCUCGGUGCAGGGGGACGCCUUUCAGAAACUGCGCCGAGUUAAGGAACUCACGCUGAGUUCCAACCAGAUCACCCAACUGGCCAACACCACCUUCCGGCCCAUGCCCAACCUGCGCAGCGUGGACCUCUCGUACAACAAACUGCAGGCGCUCGCGCCCGACCUCUUCCACGGGCUGCGGAAGCUCACUACGCUGCACAUGCGGGCCAACGCCAUUCAGUUCGUGCCGGUGCGCAUCUUCCAGGACUGCCGCAGCCUCAAGUUUCUCGACAUAGGAUACAAUCAGCUGAAGAGUCUGGCGCGCAACUCUUUCGCCGGCUUGUUCAAGCUCACGGAGCUGCACCUGGAGCACAACGACUUGGUCAAGGUGAACUUCGCCCACUUCCCGCGCCUCAUCUCUCUGCACUCCCUCUGCCUGAGGAGGAACAAGGUGGCCAUUGUGGUCAGCUCGCUGGACUGGGUUUGGAACCUGGAGAAAAUGGACCUGUCUGGCAACGAGAUCGAGUACAUGGAGCCCCAUGUGUUCGAGACCGUGCCGCACCUACAAUCCCUGCAGCUGGAUUCCAACCGCCUCACCUAUAUCGAGCCCCGUAUCCUCAACUCCUGGAAGUCACUUACAAGCAUUACCCUGGCGGGGAACUUGUGGGACUGCGGGCGCAACGUCUGUGCCCUGGCCUCCUGGCUGAGCAACUUCCAGGGGCGCUACGAUGGCAACUUACAGUGCGCCAGCCCGGAGUACGCACAGGGCGAGGAUGUCCUGGAUGCUGUGUACGCCUUCCACCUGUGCGAGGAUGGGGCUGAGCCCACCAGCGGUCACCUCCUCUCGGCAGUCACCAAUCGCAGUGACCUGGGACUCCCUGACAGCUCGGCCACCACACUCGUGGACGACGGGGAGGGGCAGCGCGAUGGCACGCCCGAGCCAGCCACCGUGGCUCUCCCCGGCGAGCACGCUGAGAACGCCGUGCAGAUCCACAAAGUGGUCACCGGCACCAUGGCCCUCAUCUUCUCUUUCCUCAUCGUGGUCUUGGUGCUUUACGUGUCCUGGAAGUGUUUCCCAGCCAGCCUCAGGCAGCUCAGACAGUGCUUUGUCACGCAGCGCAGAAAGCAAAAGCAGAAACAGACCAUGCAUCAGAUGGCUGCCAUGUCUGCCCAGGAAUACUACGUUGAUUACAAACCUAACCACAUUGAGGGAGCCCUGGUGAUCAUCAACGAGUAUGGCUCUUGUACCUGCCACCAGCAGCCCGCGAGGGAAUGCGAGGUGUGAUUGUCCCAGUGACUCUCAACCCAUGCGCUACCAAAAACGCCUGGGCAGCCGGUUGGGCCGGCGGGCACCAGGCUGGGGUCUCCUUGUCUGUGCUCUGAUAUGCUCCUUGACUGAAACUGUAAGGGGAUCUCUCCCAGAGACUUGACAUUUUAGCUUUAUUGUGUCUUAAAAACAAAAACGAAAUAAAACACAACAAAACCCCACCCCACAACCUUCUGGACAGUCUAUCUUAAAUUUCAUAUGAAAACUCCUUCCUCCCUUUGAAGAUCUGUCCAUAUUCAGGAAUCUGAGAGUGUAAAAAGAUUCAACACUCUGUCUUCUUUCUCUGAACAUACCUCUCUCCAGCAGCAUACACCUGCUUGAUCUUCUGAAAGUUUAAACAGAGACUCCUGGAAGAAAGUGGGAGCAGAAGUCUAGCUUGGUUCCUUGACAAUCACUUAUACAUCAUAUCCUUGCCACUGAAAGCGCACGCUAUGCUUUUCUGAGCCUUCAAGUACUAACUUCCCCUAUGGUCCUGUAUCUGUCAGCCUGUGAGACAACAUUCUUGGAUCCCACAGCCAAAUAGCCCUGAACUCCAGCAAAAUUCAGCCACACAUCCAGCAUCAAGCAGCCUGCUGGGCUCCACCUGCUUAUCCAGGGUCACCAACCCAAAAGAUGAAGCAGAUGUAAGAUAGGGAAGCACCUGUUUUUGUUUUUAUUUUCUACCCAGGCCCAGCUCUUUGGAAAAAAAAAAGAAAAGAAGAUUCGUGCUCCAAGCUGGUACUGCCAAGCUUCCUCCCCUCCCUUCCUUGUCCAAGCACUCCACCGUCUGUGCAGACUGCAUAACAGCAAUUUCUGGAAACUGGCUGAAGAAUCUGGGCCAGUACAGAUACAAUGGAUCCUGGUAUCUGCGUGGUGGGGUUUUAAGGAUUGUAUUUUUCACCUUAAUUCUUUUAACUACCGCCAGUUCUUUG